GGAGGCCCGUCGCCGCCGCGGCCGCCGCUCCGCCGCGCUUCCCGGAUCCGAGCCCAGACGGCGGCGGCUCGGGCAGCCUGGGCACCGCGACCCUCGGCGGCCGCAGGGGGACGGGGAGCAGGAGGAGGAGGAGGAAGAGGCGGAGGCAGCGGCGGCGGCCGCGCGGAGGAGGAGGAAGAGGCGGAGGAGGGUUCGAUCUCGGGCUCCGACGCAGACAUGGUGGACUGAUCCCCGGCGGAUUCCUGGACUGAUUCCCGCGGCGCCCCCCGCGCGUGGCCCCGCCGCGCCCCGCGCCCCGCAGCCCCUCGCCGGCGCCCGGGCCGGACAGUCGCGUUCCCGCCGCGUCCCGCGCCGGGUCCCUAUGGAGGCGCCGCUCGCCGGCGAGGCCGCCGACCAUGCCUAGGAGGGCCGGGAGCGGGCAGCUGCCGCUACCCCGGGGCUGGGAGGAGGCCAGGGACUACGACGGCAAGGUCUUCUACAUCGACCACAACACCCGGAGGACCAGCUGGAUCGACCCCCGGGACAGGUUGACGAAGCCCUUGUCGUUUGCUGACUGUGUUGGGGAUGAGCUGCCGUGGGGCUGGGAAGCCGGGUUUGACCCCCAGAUUGGUGUCUACUACAUCGACCACAUCAACAAAACCACACAGAUUGAAGACCCCAGGAAGCAAUGGAGGGGGGAGCAGGAGAAGAUGCUCAAGGACUACCUCUCGGUGGCUCAGGACGCCCUGCGGACGCAGAAGGAGCUGUACCACGUGAAGGAGCAGAGGCUGGCCCUGGCCCUCGAUGAGUACGUGCGAUUGAACGACGCCUAUAAGGAGAAGUCAAGCUCCCACACAAGCUUGUUCUCAGGGUCCUCCUCGAGUACUAAGUACGAUCCUGACAUUUUGAAAGCGGAGAUCUCCACCACGCGACUGAGGGUUAAAAAGCUGAAGAGGGAACUGUCGCAGAUGAAGCAGGAGCUGCUCUAUAAGGAACAAGGCUUUGAGACCCUGCAGCAAAUUGAUAAAAAAAUGUCUGGAGGCCAGAGUGGCUAUGAGCUUAGCGAGGCCAAAGCCAUCCUCACGGAACUGAAAUCCAUCAGAAAGGCCAUCAGCUCCGGAGAGAAGGAGAAGCAGAACCUGAUGCAGAGUCUGGCGAAGCUGCAGGAGCGGUUUCACCUGGGCCAGGGCAUCGGCAGGUCGGAGCCGGACCUGAGGGCCAGUCCCGCGAACUCUCACCUCUCCCUCUCCAGACAGACCCUGGACGCCGGGUCCCAGACCAGCAUUUCCGGAGAGAUCGGAGUGAGAAGCAGAUCCAAUUUAGCUGAAAAGGUCAGGCUGAGUCUACAGUAUGAAGAAGCCAAAAGAAGCAUGGCCAACCUGAAGAUCGAGCUGUCGAAACUGGACAGUGAGGCCUGGCCCGGGGCGCUGGAUGUUGAGAAGGAGAAGCUGAUGCUGAUUCACGAGAAAGAAGAGCUUCUGAAGGAGCUGCAGUUCGUCACUCCGCAGAAACGCACCCGUGACGAGCUGGAGCGCCUGGAGGCCGACCGCCAGCGGCUGGAGGCGGAGCUGCUGUCCGUGCGGGGCGCCCCCAGCCGGGCGCUGGCCGAGAGAUUGAAACUGGAAGAGCGAAGGAAGGAGCUGCUCCAGAAACUCGAAGAAACGACCAAAUUAACUACUUAUCUGCACUCAGAGCUGAAAAGCCUCUCCGCCAGCACCCUGUCCGUGUCGUCCGGGAGCAGCCUGGGCUCCCUGGCCUCCAGCCGCGGGUCCCUGAACACCUCCAGCCGGGGCUCGCUCAACUCCCUCAGCUCCAGCGAGCUCUUCUACACCAGCCCGGGCGACCAGCUCGACGCGGACUAUCAGUACAAACUGGACUUCCUCCUGCAAGAAAAGGGCGGUUACGUCCCUUCCGGGCCCAUCACCACCAUCCACGAGCACGAAGUGGUCAGGUCCCCCAGCCAGCCCGGCCAGAGCGGUCCCUGCGGGGCGGCCGCCGUGGGCCCCGCGCCCCCGCCGACCGAGGCCCCCAAGUCUGUGACGUCCCUGUCCUCGCGGUCCUCCCUGUCCUCCCUGUCCCCGCCCGGCUCCCCCCUGGUGCUGGAAGGCACCUUCCCCAUGUCUUCCCACGACGCCCCUCUCCACCGGUUCGCCGCCGACUUCGACGACUGCGACGUGAGCGGCCACUUCGCAGACAUGGGCCUCGGCGACAGCCAGACCCUGCUGGACGCCGACGCGGGAGGCGCGUCCCAGGCCCUGUUAGAGGACAGAGACCUGCGCGAAGGCGCCAGGGAGCCAUUCUACGAAGGCGCCGCAGACGUGGAAAAGGCGGCCCCCAAAAGGAGAGGCGCGCACUUGCUGGGGGAGAGGACCGCGUGCGUGUCGGCGGCCGUGUCGGACGAGUCGGUGGCGGGAGACAGCGGCGUCUACGAAGGCUUUGUGAAGCAACCCAGUGAAGUGGGAGACGUUGCCUACGGUGAAGAGGAUGCUGGCGUCGUCAUGGAGACGGCGCAGGUGCAGAUCGGGCUCAGAUACGAUGCGAAAAGGUCCAGUUUCAUGGUGAUUAUAGCACAACUCCGGAAUCUCCAUGCCUUCCUGAUACCUCAUACUUCUAAAGUGUAUUUCAGGGUUGCUCUGCUCCCCUCCUCCACGGACGUCAGCUGUCUGUUUCGAACAAAGGUGCACCCGGCCACGGAACCCCUUCUGUUCAGCGACAUGUUCCGAGUGGCCAUCUCGCAGGCGGCCUUGCAGCAGAAGACGCUGCGCGUGGACCUGUGCUGCGCCCGCGCGCACCGCACGGAAGAGUGCCUGGCUGGAACUCAGAUCAGUCUGGCCGACUUGCCGUUUUCCAGUGAGAUUUUCACUCUGUGGUACAAUCUGCUUCCUUCUAAGCAGAUGCCCUCUACGACGAGUGAGGAAGAGCACGAGGGUCCAGUACUCCGACCCAACCAGCCGCUGGUAGAGCCCGUAGACCUGGAUGCAGUGUCAGCCCUACUCGCAAGAACAUCGGCGGAGCUGCUGGCCGUGGAACAAGAAUUAGCACAAGAAGAAGGGGAAGAACCGGGGCCAGGAGAGGAGCAAAGGGGCCCAGAUGGAGACUGGUUGGCGAUGCUGAGAGAGGCCUCUGACGAAGUGGUGGCUGAGGAAGAGGCCGACGUGGCGUUGCCCAGGGGCAGCAGGCGAAUGGGAGACCUAAGCUCGUGCCCGAGUGUGCCCGAGACAGCUGAAGACACGAGGAGGGGAGGAAACAGCUGUGCCAACAGCCCUGGCAGCCAGCCCCCUGCGGGAAUGCCCACCCUGGUUGAUAAGGAGACCAACACAGAGGAGGCCGAGGACGCUGGCCUGGCGGUUCGGCCCAAAGAGCGCAGCGGGCUGAGCGCGCGGCAGCGCCCCCUGGUGAGGAGCAGCGUGAUCGUGCGCUCGCAGACCUUCUCGCCCGGGGAGCGCAGCCAGUACAUCUGCCGGUUAAAUCGCAGUGACAGUGACAGCUCAACCCUGGCUAAAAAGUCUCUGUUUGUGAGAAACUCCACUGAACGGCGCAGUUUGAGGGUCAAAAGGGCGGUUUGCCAGCCCGUCCUCCGAAGAGCGGCCCAGGAGUGCCCGGUGCGCACGUCCCUGGACCUGGAGCUGGACCUGCAGGCCUCGCUCACCCGCCAGAGCCGCCUCAACGACGAGCUGCAGGCGCUGCGGGACCUGCGGCAGAGGCUGGAGGAGCUGAAGGCCCAGGGGCAGACGGACCUCCCGCCCGGCGUGCUGGAGGACGACCGGUUCCAGAGGCUGCUGCGCGAGGCCGAGAAGCAGGCUGAGCAGUCCAAAGAGGAGCAGAAGCAAGACCUGAACGCGGAGAAACUGCUGAGGCAGGUCUCCAAGGACGUGUGUCGGCUGCGGGAGCAGAGCCGCAAGGUGCCUCGGCAGGUGCAGUCCUUCAGGGAGAAGAUCGCCUACUUCACCCGAGCGAAGAUCAGCAUCCCGUCGCUGCCGGCGGACGACGUGUGACCCGCCUGCAGACACGGUGUCCCCCGGCCCCGAGGGAGGGAGACGGAGCCCCGUCUGUGGUCUGCCUGGGGGGCGGGUGUUCAACUGUCAGCUCUCAGAGAGCUGUUGUUUCUCAUCAGGAUUUCCACAUGCUCAUUUGUAAAGUACUUGGAAUAUCAUUCUUAUAUAAGAAAGUAAGAAAAGUCAGGUAACCAAGCGGGCUAAUCUGGCACCCAGAUGUUGUACAGCAGGAGUGGUUGCAAACAGGGGAUCGGGCGGAGCCCAGGGCUGACCUGGCGAACCGGCCGAGGCGGCCCUUGCUCUUCCUGGUUUUCCUGCAAAGGCCGGAAGCUGGCCCCAGCGCCCGCGGCGUCCUGUACUCGAGAGCAGCAAGGUCAACGUGAAUGAGCUUCGGAGCGGAGCUCCGGGGCCACCUGAAGCAGGUGCUGUGUUCAUCUCCGUCACCUGUUUCCUUGGAGCAGUUUCUUUUUUGUCUUUGUUUGUUUGUCUAAAGAAAACAAAAUGCUGAGUUCAAGCACAUAGGAUGCAGACCUGGGAGCAGGCUCCUGGCUGCACGGAAGGCCUCACGGCCUCUGACCCCGAGGGCAGGGGCGGUGCCUGCAGCCACGGAAACACGCGCCCCCGCCCCACAGGCUGUGGGGGGCGGUCAGGUGUGAGUCUGGCUCGUCCGGGGUGUGGGAUGGUGUCAAUAGAGGAACGUGGUGGCCCUCGUCCUAAGGGCAGAGCUGAAGACGGGGAGGGAAACCCAUCGGCAUCCGCGUGGUGAAGCCAGGAACAGAGGAAAGGGUGUCCUGAUUGAACCAAAGGUGCCAAAACACACAAAGAAUUUAAGUCCUUUCUUAAACAGGUUUGUAACAUUUCGUAGCAGCUCCUCGCAGCCUCAUUGAAGGGAUCCUGUCUCUGGGAGGAGCUGGGAGGCAAGGAGAAGAGAGUGCCUGGGAGACUGGACUUGAAGUGCUGGCGAAGCCAUCUGUCUCGAACAGAGCCGUUGCGGAUGGACGCUUAGAGCUGUUGACACGUCCCUGCAGCGUCUCCCAGCGCAGAGUUCCAGCUGGCCCAGCCAGGCCUCCCUAGAAGGAACAAAACCCCAGUGCAGCCCACCAGCGUGAAGGCGUUUAAAUCGUUCUAUGCAAUUUAAUACUCAGUUUGUAAUACUGGGAGAGGCGAUUUUUGACCAGCCAUCUUUUAUAGCAAACUAAAUCCUUUUUUUUAGAGAUGCAAAAAUCAUCUUAAAGGAAUAGGCCCCUUUAAACACACACACACACACACACACACACACACAAAGUUCUGUUUCUAAGCAAGAAUCCUCAAUAGCAAGAAUUUUUAUUUUCUUGAAAGCAGUUACACAUAUUUCAGAAAGUGAAUUUUAUCAGAAUUCAAAUGAAGCAGUUUCUGAGCCUUGAACUUGAUUGUUUCCUGAGUGUCCCACCACUUCCAUACAAAUGUCUUUGAAGCUAUAACUGGACGUGACACUACUUUGAGCAAAAACCAGCUUUAUGAAUUGACCACAUACAGUCCUUCGGGUCUGCCCAGUCCAUUCUCAGCCAGUUGAGGAAAACUACAGAAGAAUGCCAUCCAUCCUUGUCAAGGUCAAAUGUGAAAGAGAAGUUUAUUUAAUGUAGAGAUAAAUGAAGGUCAGCUGUUUUCAGCUUCUUAGUUUGACCAUGAAAAUGUUUAUAGAAUUAUGUGUAGUUGUACCGUACGAUUUUAUUUUCUUCAUUUAUUUAUUUACGGUCUUAUUUAUGUUCUGUUUAAUAUAUAGUUCGGUUCUGGCCAUUUAAAAUGUUUGACAUAGAAGAAGCUAUAUUGGAAUAUUUACAGCUUUAUAAAUCACCAGAUCAGCUGUUAACUUUCUGCAAUACAGAAAGUUUCAUACGAUUUUAUAAGA